AUUCAUAUAUUUGAUUUUUUCAAAAUGGGAGUACUCAUUCCCACUAAGGAUUUUCUAACCUAAACUAAAAAUUGCCCCCAAAUUCUGACACUCCCCGUCUCUCCCUCUCUCUAUCUCUCUCUCUCUCUCUCUCUCUCUGCACUUUCUCCCAUUCCUUUUGCCUCUCUUUUCAGCUUCUCUUCGCGGAGACGAAAUUCUGGAAAUCUGGUUGGAAGCGGUGCAUUUCGGGUGCAGUGAGAAAUUAGGGCUUUUCUUUGCUGUGGCUUUGUUCAAGGAGCGUUCUCCCGGCGGUGGUUUCUUCAGUUCGGUGGGGUUUGGGUGCUGCAAGGCGUGUGCUGAUUUUUCAGGGAGAGCAAGGAGCUUGUUAGUCUAGGUCAGCACAUAAAGUUCCAAAAUGGCUGCAUGUUUUGCUUCUAAAUGUUCUCAUGUGGGACGUUCUUUAUUGGGGGGCCUUGGCAAUAAUGCUUAUGGUUUAUGGAGCACAAUGCAGGAGACAACAUGCAGCAAUACCUUUUGUCAGCUAAGAACUUUUGUACAGAUGGGAACCAAUCUCAAAGUUGUGGACAACUCAGGGGCGAAACGAGUGAAGUGCAUACAAGUUUUGAAGGGGAGGAAAAAAGGCGCCAGAUUGGGUGAUACAGUGGUUGGAUCGGUGAAGGAAGCCCAGCCGAAUGGGAAAGUGAAGAAAGGACAGGUGGUAUAUGGUGUGGUUGUGCGUGCUGCCAUGCAGCGGCUUCGCCGUGAUGGGAGUGAGGUCAAGUUUGACGACAAUGCUGUAGUACUCAUAAACAAGCAGGGUGAACCUGUUGGGACCCGAGUUUUUGGCCCAGUCCCCCACGAGUUGAGGAAGAAAAAUCACAUCAAAAUCCUGUCCUUGGCUGAGCAUAUUGCCUGAGUUGUAGCAUUUUGUUUUGGGACCAUGAAUGGUUCUUUUGCUUUCAAAACAUUUCCAUUGUAUUUUUUUUGAGGAAAAAUGAGCUUGCUUGGAUUCUUUUGGGAGCUGAAAUGAAAAUACACAAGAAUAGAAUGUUGAGUCCA